UUUAACUAUAACAAAAGCUGUUAUAGCUAAGAAAAUUUAACUAUUUUUUUUUAUAAUUCUAAGUGUAUUCUAGUUUCCUUUAAGUUCGUUUCUGUGCGUGUGUUUGUGUGUGCCGUAUUCGCAGCGCGUGGUGUGUUAUUUUUUGUUGUUUUUUUGCCGAAGCCGAAAAUAUUCAAUUAAAAAAAUGAAAAACAAUAACUAAGAACAGUAACAAUUAAGAGAAAAACUGCAACAAUCAAGCAAAGUCAAGCCAAAAAAGAAAGUGCUUCAAGCAAUAACUAGGAAUUCCAAAUAAUUUUUUAACAAAAACGCACGCCCGCCCCGGCUCGCCCUUCACGCGUAAAUUGUGAGAGCAGAGAGCAGAGACGACAGACGUCAUGGAUAUAAUCAAUAAAUUAAGCAAUGCAUUCUGGAGUACGCACAUUUGGCUGCCGCCUAAUACGACAUGGGCGGAUAUAGCACCCGGUUCACGACCAGAUGUUGUGCAUUCCGAUUAUCGGGAUCUCAUUUGGCCAAUACCAUUGGCCGCGAUUGUUAUGCUGGUGCGUUACACAUUGGAGCGAUUCUGGAUAGCACCAGUUGGCAAAUCGUUGGGCAUACGUAGCUCUAGACCUAAGAAAGCAGCAAAUGUUCCUACAUUAGAGGCGGCCUAUGCCAAAUCGACGCGUUUGGAAAACAAGCGGCUGGCACCGCUUGCCAAACAGGCGGACAUGACAGAGCGUCAAAUUGAGCGCUGGUGGCGUUUGCGUCGUGCUCAGGAUAAACCCUCAACAUUGGUCAAAUUUUGUGAGAAUACAUGGCGCUGUCUUUAUUAUCUAUAUAGCUUUAUAUUUGGCGUCAUUGUGCUCUGGGAUAAGCCUUGGUUCUGGGAUGUCAAAAGCUGUUGGUAUGGCUACCCGCAUCAGUCUGUGAGCAGCGAUAUCUGGUGGUACUAUAUGAUAUCCAUGUCGUUCUAUUGGUCACUCACCGCCACACAAUUCUUUGAUGUUAAACGCAAGGAUUUCUGGCAAAUGUUUAUUCAUCACAUGGUUACAUUAUUGUUAAUGUCACUCAGUUGGGUUUGUAAUCUGCAUCGCGUGGGCUCGCUGGUGCUUGUCGUGCAUGAUUGUGCCGAUAUCUUUUUGGAGGCAGCCAAGUUGACCAAAUACGCAAAUUAUCAGAAGGUCUGUGAUGCUAUAUUUGCUAUAUUUACGGUCGUCUGGAUCAUAACACGUUUGGGUUUCUAUCCUCGCAUUAUUUAUAGCUCCUCGGUGGAAGCACCACGUAUUUUGCCCAUGUUCCCAGCCUAUUAUAUUUUCAAUUCAUUGUUGUUAAUGCUGCUGGUGCUGCAUGUCAUCUGGACAUAUAUGAUUCUUAAGAUUGUGGUGGACUCGCUGCAAAAGGGUCUGAUGUCUGGCGAUAUAAGAUCCAGCGAUAGCGAAAGUGUUACAGAUAGCUCGGAGAAUGUGCGCAUUGCCAAUGGAGCGACGCGCACGAAGUCCAAGGGAGGCGCUGCUGCUGGCAGUGGGAGCGGCGCUGCUGUUACUCAGCGCAAGUCCGCAGGCAGCAAUCAUACGGCGGACUCCACGACAUCGACAGCAACAAAGUGAAGUGCUGGCCUGACCUUUUCCAAAAAGGAUUUGCAAACAACAACAAAAGAAGCAACAUUAUAAAAACAAAACA